CCACGUCAGCCUUCCCCAGCUAUCAUUUGGGAGGACGAAGCAGGAAAGAUGACAUGAAAGCGAAGCGCUCGUGAUUUUUCACCCCCCGACGGUAGCACUUGACGACUUGAUGCUGACCAGGCAUUGACAGUGACAGUGAAAAUGUCGCUGCUUCCACCAAAGGCAAUUGUCAUCACCGCUUUCGGAACAAAAAACGUGAAUUCGUUCGCGAUGUCAGAUAUCGAAGAGGUGUUCACUGAUGGCGGUGGGCAGCCGAGGAAAAGAAAGAGACUGACACAUCUGUCAGCCGAUGAAAAAAUACUGAGACGGAAGCUGAAGAAUCGUGUAGCAGCACAAACAGCUCGUGACAGGAAAAAAGCCCUGAUGGUGGAGCUGGAAGAGAAGGUUGCACAGCUACAGGAGCAGAACAGACAACUGAUGAAAGAGAAUGCAGAACUUCGUGUCAGCCGAUCAUCUCUUCAGCAAGAAAACUGUCGUUUAAAAAAAAGCUUAAAUUCCCCAGUGACUACACCUCCAGCAAACACAGCUGCAUCAGGCAACAGAAUCACCAGCACAGAUGCCAGUUCAUUAUUUUGCAAGACAGAACCUGAUUCCCCCGGGUCUGCAGUACCUGCUGUUUCUCUGCCGAAGGAACAGAUUCAGGCUCUGUCUCGCUUGAUGAUGCACUACGCGGCCUGUGCUCUGACAAUGAGUCUGAUGCUCUGCUUAGUCUGCUACAACAGCUCACUGCAGAAAGUGGAGGGAUCAAGCCGGAAGCGCAAACAGACACGUCCAGCACGACGCUCUUCACAGAACACAGUAGCUCUGGAGCCAACUUUGGAGAGGUGCCACAAGACACAGGAUUGGUGGGGCCCACAGCAGCAGAGCUGGAAUCCCUCAAUGAACUGAUCAAGUUUGACCACAUUUACUACAAAGAGGAGCCUCCU